AUGAGAUUUACCAUCCUUGUGGAUGGAACAGACCAAAUAUUGACCACGGAUCUCCCUGGAGACUUUGAAAUUGCCGAUUUCAUGGCUUAUAUUGAAUCUGAAACGGAUAUAAAGCCACAGGAUCAGGUGCACGAAUAUGAGGGCAGGAUUUUGCCACAGGGGGACAAGUACAAAAUGCUAAGCGACUGGAUACUCGAAGAAGAACCGUUGGUGAUUCUCAAGAAGAAAAAGCUGGUGCCGGCUCAGGCAGCGGUGCCAGCUCCAGUGGCGUCUGCUGGAUCCAUUGGAUCCAUUGAUUCGCCGUUUGUCAACUUGCAGAUAGAACAACUCAGACAGCAGUUUAUCCAGAAUCCAUCGACUCAAUAUCAGUUAGAUCGAAAGCUUCGAGAGUCAAUUAAUGACAAAGAAUUGUUUAAAAGUCAAAUGAUGGAACUGAUGAUGCAGAAACAGCAGGCAGAAAUCCAGCAGAAACAGGAAAUGGACCACAUAUAUGCAAAUCCUGAUGACCCUGACAAUCAGAAGAAGAUUAUGCAGUUGAUAAGGCAACAGGCGAUCGACGAGAAUAUGAAGAUGGCUUACGAAGAGUCUCCAGAAUCGUUUACUCAGGUUCAUAUGCUCUAUAUUAACUGUGAAGUCAAUGGAGUGGCAGUUAAGGCCUUUGUGGAUUCCGGUGCACAGAUGACCAUCAUUUCUCCUGACUUGGCUAUUAGAUGUGGCUUAGAUAAAUUGAUAGAUAGGCGGUUUAUUGGAGAAGCACGAGGUGUUGGUUCUGCCAAGAUUGAAGGAAGGGUUCAUUCUGCACCUCUAAAGAUUGAAGGAGGUUACUUUUCGUGCAGUUUCACCGUGAUAGCAUCGCAGGUUGAAAUGUUGUUAGGAUUGGACAUGUUACGUCGAUUCAGGGCCAAAAUAGACUUGGAAAAGAAUAAAUUGGUGAUUGGAGAGGUGGAAACCAGCUUUCUUCCUGAGAUAGAGUGUCCAAACGAGUUGAAUGGAGAACCAGGACACGGAUUUGGUGGUAAUCUGUUUAGUAGAGAGACUCCAAUGAUAAACCAGCUAAAAAAACCAGCUAAAAGAGCUAAGAAGCAGAAAAGCCCUAAAGUUAUACCGGACGCUCUAAAAGUGGAUCAACUUGUGGCUAUGGGAUUUGAUAGAAAGCAGGCCGAGUUGGCGUUGAUACAGACUCAAAAUAACAUCGAGUUGGCAGCAGGAAUGCUGUUUGACUAA